CGCAACUCGGUGAAAUCUCUUGUAUUGCCCCCACUCUGAUGGAUCAACCAAACCCGAAAGCCGCUGCGGUCGAAGAAGGUGCUUCGAGAGCAACAAACUGGGAACGAGGUUAUCCGUACCUCGCCCAGUUCUGGACCAAGACGCAGACGGGUAUGGCGAGGAAGUUCAAUCACCUCGCGGUCCUCAAUAUCCUGUUCCUGCAAGCCGAGCUGUGCCAUCUCGAGUACGAAUUCGCGCGACAGCGGAAGAAGGAUCUCGAGUCCGGCGAGAAGCGGAGGGUGGACUGCGACUGGAAUUGGCUCCUGCUGAGCGAGCCCGAGCUGAAUAGGGGGAGUGGGCAGUGGGAAUCGUUUCUGGAGAUUAGGAAGAAGCUUGGGGAGUACUAUUCGGCUGUGCUUCAGUACCAACAGAUCAAUUCACUCCGACAACCGAGCGACGAACAGAGAGAAGAUGUGUUCAAUAUCCUCGGAGACUCGACGCUGAACGACAGUUUCGGCCACUUCCAGUCCCUUGACCUGGCGGGCAUCGAUGGGCCUAUGGUUUAUGGGUCACAACACGGCAAAGAUCUUGUGCUGCUGGAUGCGAGGGAAGAUGACAACGAUGCGUUGUUCAGAUACAUCGUGCGACCCAUGUUCUGGUUCGUCCAUUACUUCUGGAAAGCGAAGAAGAAACCGAUGACCAAAGACUUGGAAAGUGGAGCAGAGGGGGAAGGAGAAAAGAUGACGCGGCUUUAUCACUACAUGCCGCAUCAGUUCGAGGUGGCGAACCGAGUCGUCGGUGCUCUGACUGGGGCGUCUCUGCCAGUAGUUUCCAUGGUGAUUCUGUACAAAUUUGGCGACAUGAACACUAAAGUUGCACUGGUGUGCGUGUUCACAAUCAUAUUCUGUCUCCUAUUGAGCAUCAUGAGUAAGGCGCGCCGGAUCGAGGUGUUCGCGGCCACGGCUGCGUUUGCGAGUGUGCAGGUUGUGUGGAUCAGCCAGAGUAAUGAUCACAUGUAG